UGUUUUUUGUUUUUAUUUUUUUUUCAAGUGUUUCUGAUAAAUCGAUUUUCCGAAUUCCGAAAGUCUUAGCGGAACGCAACCAAUUUUCUGCAAAUUACCGAAUACAGAAUCAGUUUUUGUGUGUGAAAAUUGAGACUGAGAUUGUUUAAAAGUCUCAGAAAUGUCUUCCUUACGCAAAGAGGUUUUGGCAUCAAAAGUUCACCCUUCAAAACUACUACCUCCAAUCCCAAGAAGAACACAGGGACCCAGAGGUAGAAUGAGGCAGGCAGAAGAUUUCGUGCCAAUUUCCUGGGACAAAUAUUUCACAGAUUGUCGUAAAGUUGAAGUGGAAGAAAACAGUUUCAAUGUUUACACUCUCGGUGAUUCCGGACCACUUUUAGUACUACUUCACGGCGGUGGAUACAGCGGAUUAACUUGGUCUUUAUUCGCCAAAGAAAUUUACUCGAUGGUCGACUGUCAAAUAUUAGCCAUAGAUUUGAGAGGACAUGGUAGCACAACAACAACCAAUGACGACGAUUUAUCAGAAGUUACUUUGGCUAAGGAUGUCGGCGAUGUAAUCACAGCUCUGUAUCCCGAAACUCCCCCGCCGAUAAUUUUAAUGGGCCAUAGCAUGGGAGGUGCAAUAGCCAUUCAUACAACGUAUAACCAUCUGAUCGAUACAGUAAUUGGAUUAAUAGUAAUUGACGUAGUCGAAGGAACUGCAGUGGAUGCACUAGCUAGCAUGCAAUCAUUUCUAAGAAGCCGGCCUACUUCGUUUAAAUCAAUUCAAGACGCGAUUUCUUGGAGUUUAUUUAAUGGUCAAGUUAAGAACGUUGAAUCAGCCCAAGUAUCGGUACCCGGUCAAAUAAAAAAUGCGGAAACAGGGGUCUUGGCAGCUUGUGAGGAACCUUCAACUCCUCCGGGAUCAGUCGACGAACCUGAUGUCAUGCGGCCUGCAAUUGUUCCUGAGACGAUUCAAGAGGACGAGGCUGAAUUCAAAGUUCCAGUGAAAGCUCCCGGUGGUAAAUACACUUGGAGAAUCGACUUGUGCAAAACGGAGAAAUAUUGGCGCGGUUGGUUCCAAGGUCUUUCAAAUAUAUUUUUAAGUUCGAGAGCUCAGAAAUUACUCUUACUAGCUAAUAUUGAUCGUCUAGACAAAAAUUUGACCGUUGGACAAAUGCAAGGUAAAUUUGCGAUGCAUGUUCUUACCAAAGUUGGCCAUGCGGUACAUGAAGAUGAACCCGGUCAAGUAGCCGAAAUAGUAGCCAAUUUCAUUGUUCGCAACAAGUUCUCUCAGCCUAAAGAAAAUUUUCGAGUGUUCCUGCCGGCUUGUUGAACAUUCUUUAAUUUCUGUUAGAAAACAAACGAACAAUUUCCAUGUGUUCAAUCGAGACAAAAAGUAAUUAUGGUUGUGUUAAUCAAAGAAGAGUUUGACUCUUUGCCUAUUGCAUUUACCCUUUUGUUUCAUUCUUUCGUUGCAUAACUUCCCUGGAUGUAUUCGUGAAGUACGAAAUUAUAAUUUUUUCCCUCGA